UCAAGUACUUGUUAACUAUGAGAUGAGUGGGUAUACUUUGAGAAAUGCUUGGAUUUCUCUGCAACCACAGAUGUAUACCUUUCAAAGCAAGUUUUUCUUGCACAAAUUGCUUUUUAUCCUCAAUUUCCGAUUACAAUUUUGAAGUUUUUGCAUAAAUUCCAUCUUCCUCUUUCCAAUUGCAGAAGCACUUUCUGAUCCAUCACUCAAGUCUCUCUUUUCUCACCAAUUAAGCUCUCCAAUGUCAAGCAGUCAAGUCCAGUCAUUUAGUGUUUUCGUGGCAACAUGGAACGUCGGAGGGAAAUCUCCUCACAGUGGCCUCAACCUCGAUGAUUUUCUUCAGUUUUCAGGAAAUUGUUCCACUGAACGCUGGAAAUGUGCUUGUGGCAGAAGACAGCGAGCCUGCCGCAAAAUGGCUGGCUUUAAUUAAUCAAUCACUGAAUAGAUCAUAUAGUGUGGCUUCAAGAAGAUCAAAAUCACCCCUUUGCAGCUCACUUCUCUUCCAAAAGCCUUCUCUUAAAAAGGUCUGCAAGUCUUUCAGGACUGAGAGUCGACGGAGGCUGAAGACUUGCAACUGCUCUCCCAUAUUGGAAAGGAAGUAUAGCAGGGAUUGCUGUGUUUGGCCCCCAUCAACAAAUAUGACCGAGGAUUACUGUUCCUCGGAAGAGGAUGAAGAUGGACUUAGCAAUCAUGUAUCUUCAGAAAUUUCCACUCCAGCUAGUGCCAACCAGAUGAAGUACAGCCUUAUAACAGGGAAACAAAUGGUCGGAAUAUUUGUUACUGUUUGGGUCAGGAAGGAGCUUGUGCAACAUGUAAGCCAUUUGAGAAUCUCUAACGUUGGCCGUGGGAUCUUAGGCUGUCUUGGGAACAAGGGGUGUAUAUCUGUUAGCAUGUCUUUCCAUCAGACUAGCUUCUGCUUUGUUUGUUGUCACUUGGCGUCGGGAGAGAAAGAAGGAGAUGAACGUAGGAGAAAUUUGGAUGUCAUAGAGAUAAUUAAGAACACACAAUUUUCAAGGAUAUGCAAAUCUCCAUGUAGUUGGAUGCCUGAGAAAAUCAUGGAACAUGAUCGGGUCAUAUGGUUAGGGGACUUGAAUUACAGGAUAGCUUUGAGCUACUCCGAGACUCGAAGGCUUCUGGAGCAGUAUAACUUGGACACACUUCUUGACAAAGAUCAGCUGAAAAUUCAGAGGGAAGCAGGGCGAGUGUUCAGAGGAUGGAAAGAGGGAGAGAUCUCCUUCGCGCCAACGUACAAAUACUCCUAUAACUCAGACAUUUACGCUGGAGAGACCAUCGAAACACAAAAGAAAAGAAGAACUCCAGCAUGGUGUGAUAGAAUACUUUGGUAUGGAGAUGGGAUUCGUCAACUAUCUUACGUACGUGGAGAGUCCAGGUUUUCCGACCACCGGCCGGUAUGCGCAAAAUUCAUGGUAGGCGUACAAGUUACUAAUAAUGAUGGAUUAAGAAAGGCAUUAUCGGGCUUUAAAAUGAGAGUUGCAAGUGAAGAGUACAUGCCUCUAACAAGAAGAUAACAUGCGAGUUCGUGUACAGUGUUUGAUGAUUGUUUUGAUUCAUAAUGGUUACCGAUAAACUGACUGCAGCUGCUAGAAGACAGAAGAGGCGACUAAAUUUUGCCAUUUAUAUCGAAAUAUUUAGAUGGAAAGCAUGAUAUUCUUGCAGUAAAAUGUUGUGUUUGGGAAGCUGUACAGAGUCUUCUGCGAUUGGUGAGGUGUGAGAAGCUUUUCCUUGCUGAUAUGAUACUUUAAGAACUAUUCUAAAAUCAUCAUAUAUAGUUGAAGCAAGCGUAUUCUACUAUAGUUUUCGGGACCAAAUGUUUUGUUAAAGAAUGCCAAGUUUGCUUUGGAAAUGACAUGUUUUAUGCUUAUGGAGGAAAGAAAUAUAUAUAAUGUUUGCCAGGGA